AUGGGUGCCGCCCACAAUGCCGUUCGAGGGGACUAUAAUGGCUGGGGGGGUUAUGGAAAGGGUGGGUUUGCGCCGUGGCUAGAGCUGCCGACGCCCUUACUACAGCGCGUAUUCGCCUUUGUCUGCCCGCAUUCCCAGGACGAGAGCUACGAAACUUGUGAGCAGAGCGCCAUUGAAGACUCGUGCAUGCUCUGCGACCUACGGGAUCUAGCGCAUGCCGGCAUGGUGUGUGGUAGAUGGCGGAAGACCGCCGUCAAGAUAAUGUACCACAGCAUACGCAUCGACGCCGUUCACUACUGCGAGCGCGAAAUUUACCUGUCGGAGAAGCGAAAACGCCGCAGUCGCUUCGACCGCAACGGAAUUCCCGAAGACACAGCGAGCGCACGUCUGCAUCUGCUAUGUCGCACCUUGCGCGAUGACCCGACUCGGCUUGGCGCCCUCGUCAAAUACCUCAAGACACCGUACAUGCUGCGUGAGUCCAACACAUCCGAACUCGCGCGCACCAUUGCUGUGCUUCCCAACUUGCGAUAUGUCGAUCUACCCGAGGGACUGUUCAUGGACGACUCUGGCUACGGUACUCUCAGGCUUGAGGUUGAGGCUCGGUGUCACAAUCUUAGGAAGAUGACGUACAUGGGCGGCAGCGAGCGAAGUCUUGAGGCCCUGACCAUGGGCACCGUAUGGCCAAAUCUCGAGGUGCUGGAGCUGAGCAAGAUCAACAUAGACCCUACCAUCUUGCGACACGUUCUCGCUGUACUUCAACAUCUCAGAGCCCUCAAGGUCACCGAGAGCAAGGUCAUUGACGAUGACAUAUUCAAAAACAACGACAUGCUUCCCGCCUUUCCUGCCCUCGAGGAAUUGAUUCUCAAGGGAACGCCGCGUGUCACAGCGGGUGGAUUGGCAGCCUACCUUUCGCGACCAGACACGCGGCAGAGCUUGAAAGUGCUCUCCCUGAUCGAGACGGGAGUGCAACCUCAAGCUCUCCAAACCGUCAUGGCCGGUGCGUCCAAGCUGGAGGCUUUGUCGAUCGUUGAGCAAGUUAACUCGGCGUUCAAUUCACACUCAUCCCCCAUUCAGCCUCUGGCAAACCCGUCGCUGAAGACGCUUCGCUACGAGAUUACAGCCAGUGACACUGCGAAUCCCUACACCGGCAUGACGCAAGGGUACUAUACUUACCUAGCCCAGUCUCUAUUUGGAGGUGGCUUUCCAAGUCUGACUGCCCUCUACGUGCGCGACCAAAAUUUUCCCGACUUGCUCCUGGGCCUGCCACCACCUAUGCCAGGCUACGGGGGUAACAUGAACAGGCCGAGCAGCAGCAGUAGCAUGGGCAUGUUUUCCAUGGGUAGCAACGGAGGUCUGGGCCCAAACAGCACCGGUGGUGGUGCGAACCCGUGGUUCAGCAGCAAUAACCCGUUCGCGACCCCACGUCACUACGGUGCCUCGGGCAACGGGCUCGGGCCUAGCAUGCUGGCGCUGAAUCAGACGCUCGAGGUGUUCACCAAGGGGGAGGAUGACUUAGAUUGGGGCAUCGUCAAGAUGGAUCCCUACGACAGUCCCGGCUAUGCCGGCGGACGUGGUGUUGGUGGCUCGGGCAGACAUGCACGCAGUGGUAGUACCACUAGCAUAACCCGGCCGCUGAGCAGCUACGGACUCGCGGAUACGGGGGCGGGGUGGAGAGAAGGUCCUGGCGGUGCUAGGAAGAGUGUCAUGGUUGGAAAUGGUGCUGGAGGGUUCCUGGCCGUGCCAAAUGAAGGGGCGGGCGGUCCACGGAGGGGGAGUACGGGGCAGACUGAUGAGUGGCCGCGGCCGAGGAGCAGUGGGGGUCCUAAGGCGGAAAGGGAUUUGUGGCGGUAG